CUUCUUCCUUUGUCUGUUAGAACCUGGUCAGGCGCCAGAACGUGAGGAUGGAGGAACUCCUGCAGAAGAUCAAACAGCAGCAAUUCCGGAUGGACAAGCAGAACCUGCAGAUUAAGAGCCUUCAGAGCAAGGUCAACACCCUCAGCCCCCUGCACCGCCGGGAGAAGGACCCCCAGGAAGCCCCUCGCUGGAGAGUGACCGCCCUGCGCAGCGUCCUGGACGAGCGAGCGGCCAACCAGAGCCAGGCGGCCGGAGAGCAGACGCCGGAAGGCCCCAAGCUUCCGGCCGGCUGUCACGACCUCUUCCUCGAGGGGCAGCAGAGCAGCGGGGUCUUUGAGAUCCAGCCCCCCGGAGCCCCGGCUUUCAAAGUCUUCUGUGACAUGGAGGACGGGGGCUGGACUGUGAUCCAGAGGCGCUCGGAGGGCUCGGUGGAUUUCGACCGACUUUGGGACGCUUAUAAAGACGGCUUUGGAAAUCUGACAGGGGAUUUCUGGCUGGGCUUGGAGAAGAUGCACGGGAUGGUGAAAGACGAUCGCUUUCAGCUGCUGGUUGAGCUGCGCGAUUGGGAAGGCAACGCUCAGAGGGCCCACUUCCUCUUCCGCCUGGGCGGGGAGGAGAUGGCCUACACCCUCAGCCUCCUGGGACCCAUCCGGGGGGAGCUGGAGAGCGCCAUGGGGGACUUCCCCCAGCUGCCCUUCUCCACGCGGGAUCGCGACCACGAUCUGAAGGGCGACACCAACUGCGCCAAGCACCUCUCAGGAGGCUGGUGGUUCAGCUACUGCGGCCACGUCAACCUGAACGGCAAAUACUUCCGGUCCAUCCCACGGCAGCGGCACGAGAGGAAGCAAGGCAUUUUCUGGAAGACCUGGAGAGGGCGCUACUACCCCCUGCAAUCCGCUACCAUGAAGAUCCGCCCUGCAGAGCCGGACCGGGCGUCCUAAGCCCUCCCCCCAAGAGACUGGGCACGGCCCUCCUUCCUGCCCCGUUCCCACGAGACGCAGCUGGUCUCCGUCUCUGGAGCCCGGGCAGCACUGCCCCAUGGCUGGCAUUUGAUUAGAGAGUCCGGGGAGGGGGGGGAUUCCUUUUUAAGGGAGGGGGUGAGCCUGUCCCACUGGGGGAAGAGCGCAUGGGCACGGGGGAAGGCUGCUGGGCUGUGGGGCCAGAGGGAUUUGGGGAGUGCCACCUCUCAGCCUCCUGCAAUUGUGGGAACAUCUUUCAUGCCCCUCCAGAUGCAAAACAGAUGUGGCUUCCUCCCACCCCCUGCGCCCCCGAAAAUAUAUGUACAAAGGCAUUGAGAGAGCUGUAUGGCUGGGGGAGGCUGGCGAGAUGUGGGGGGGAAGGCCACUCCCUCCUGCAAAUGUGACCCCGAUGUAGGGGUACCCACAAUACUGGGGCCUCUUUCAUGGACCUUCCAAACCGUCCUUCUUGAAUUUAAUGCCCCCCCCGCCCCCAUCCCCAAUCUCUUUGGAUCCCCCUUUAGGUCAUAUUGACUUAAAAUGCUCCUGGGUUGGUCUUGCGCAGGACUGUUGUCUGGGGAGGGUCGGGUGGUGGUGGUGGUGGUCAGUGGUUACAUGUUACAAGUGUUUUUUCGUCCCCCCCCCCUUUUCCAAUGCGUUGUUUUUCGUUUGGUUUUUUAAAAAAAAACAAGACCCUGGACCAUCUCCGAGUGAAUAUUGUUGUGUAAACGUUACAAAACUGUGUUUCGACGUUAAAAAGAGACGAGAGAUGUUUGUUUCUUCCUCUUCGCUUUUUUGUAAAAAAAAAAAAAUCUUUUUAUACUUGUGUGUGUGAGACUUUGUGGUCAGUGAAAUGUCUUUUGGGCUUUGAUGAAUAAUAAUUAAAAAUGACGGGAUAUUUUUUCCCC